GGGACGGCCGGGGUAGCGCGGGCCAGAAGCGCGGCGCGCGGAGUCCUCGGCUGGCUGGCGGGCGGGAAGGCGCGUGCUCUGCGCUGCCCCGGGGACUCUGAACCCGAGUCCUGGGCUUUGUUUCCCGCGUUACCUUCGUGGAGACGUUCAGGGGCCGCCGGGUCGGCGACGGUCGCGGUCUGGACGCCGCAGGACCGGGGCCUGGACUUCACGCUCUGCGGGGAAGGGGCGGAUAAAAAAAGACCAAAUGGCAAAGCAACCUUCAGAUGUAGGUUCUGAGUGUGACCGAGAAGGUGGACAAUUGCAACCUGCGGAGAGACCUCCCCAGCUCAGGCCUGGGGCCCCUACCUCUCUACAUACAGAGCCCCAAGGUAAUCCCGAAGGCAAUCCGGAAGUCGAAGGGGACCGCUGCCCCCAAGGCAGCCCUCAGGGCCCACUGGCCCCACCGGCCAGCCCUGGUCCUUUUGCUACCAGAUCCCCGCUUUUCAUCUUUGUAAGAAGAUCCUCCCUGCUGUCUCGAUCCUCCAGUGGGUAUUUCUCUUUUGACACAGACAGGAGCCCAGCACCCAUGAGUUGUGACAAAUCAACACAAACCCCAAGUCCUCCUUGCCAGGCCUUCAACCAUUAUCUCAGUGCAAUGGCUUCCAUGAGGCAGUCUCAGGCCGAACCUGCAGAUUUGCGCCCGGAGAUGUGGAUCGCCCAAGAGUUGCGGCGUAUUGGAGACGAGUUUAACGCUUACUACCCAACGAGGGUAUUUUUGCAUAAUUACCAAGCAGCCGAAGACCACCCUCAAAUGGUUAUAUUACGACUGUUGCGUUACAUCGUCCGCCUGGUGUGGAGGCUGCACUGACAGGUCCUUCGCAGAGCCGAGAUGUGUGUGAACAUUUCACUUGUGCAAACCGACAAGCCCCAGCACCGUGGUCUCUUGGUGCCAUUACUAUGCAGCCAGCGGUUCUUUCCCAGAGGAGGAGGCGUGCGGUGGGGCGGGCAAUGUGGUCAGAAGACGCCAAGCUGGAUGACACCAAGCUGGAUGUGAACUUGACCUUUCUGUUCAUCGCCACACGGCAGGGUUUUCUAAUGGAAGUUGUGAAUGUAAAUGAGGGAGGAUUCUUUUUUCUUUUUUUUUAAUGUACAAACCAUGGUUCUUUGGAGCAGGAUUUUAUACAAGAAUGGUGUUUACAUGCGGUGUAUUCCCCCCCCCCACCUUCUUUAUUAAGAACAGAUUUUUCAAAAAGGAAAUGGAAACUUUUUAACCAACUCAUGAAUGAUUUUUGUACUAAAAAUUUAAGAACCUGUUGCCUAAUCUCAGAGGAUUAUGUAUACCCUGCAGUGGAAACUGAGCCAGCUAAUUUAUAAAGCUGCCUUAGUUUAUUGUUAGAGAUUACAGAAUUUUCAAUCAGGGAGAAGUGCGAUAUUCCCUCUCCCUUUCUUGCCAUUGCCUCUUUGACCUUUGUUUUCAGUUAUUAUUAAUACCAAAAGAGUUUUUAUGAAAUUGAACCGAGGGGCAAAAGGUCUCUUGUCAGCCUGCAUUAAUACACCACUCCCGUUUUGUAAAUAUUUAUGUACCUCUUUAAAUUCAGUUGCGUUUGUGGCAAAAUUUCAGGCAAUUUUUGCAUGUCUUUCCUUAUCUACUUUUAGUGAUGCUCCUGUAGUCUGCACUCGAAUGCACAGAUUUGGUCCUGGGCGUUUUCAUGAUGAAAUGUAAUGGGGUCAGAACAGGAGUUAACACCUGCCUGUAUCACACACAGCUCGGUUACUCUAUUCCUAGCUAACGGGGAAGCACCAAGUGCUGUUUCCAUUCAGUCUUGGUGGGCAUGUCACACAUAACAGCAGACCAAGGAUUAUGUCCCUCUGUGCUGUUGGCUUUCCUAUGGUCAUAGGAUACACUGUCACCAUAGGGUCACAGACGGUCACCAUGCCCACAGACAGCAGAGUCCAGCUGCAGGUAUCUGAGCCCAUGCCCUCUUGGGGAUUGGCCAAGGGCAGGGCCUCAAAUGGCCAUUUCCCAGGUCUCCUGGCUUUUUAGUCCAACCUAGAGUCUACCUGACCUGUGAUGCCUGGCAUUUGGUCUGCAGUCCUCAUGGUCCACUUGAAAAUACAGGCUUACAUUCCUCUUCUGUUAGCUUUGGGAGAAUUCCAUUGGGCAGAGGUCUCUUGUUUCCUUUCUCUUGGGACAGUUGGGUUUUUUGGGCCCUUCCUGCUUCUCUGCCUCUCCUCAUCUGCCCUUAGGAUGGCAGUGGGCGGGAAGCCCAUACAGUCGUUUCAGAGGUAGCCAACUAGG